UGAGAGGCUAAACGAGAGGAGGAAGGAGAAGGAGAGAGAGGAGAAGAGGAGUAAAGUGAUGAAUGUUUACUCUAAGCUGCAGCAGGAGAACAGGCAGCAAGCCGGGCAGGGCCUGACAGAACACCAGCUGCUCCAGGUUUGAAGACUUUGCCUUUUUGGCCAAAUACUGUAUCUUCAACCAGGAGAAGCUGGCCAUAUACAAGCAGGCUUUUCAAGCAGCAGACAGUGAUGGGGAUGGAUACCUGUCCUGUUUCCAGGUGCUUCUGGCCCUGAAGGAGAUCAUCCCCUCUGAGCUUCUGUCAGAGGAAGAGGAAAUCUACGUCUACAGAAUCCUGGAGCUGGUGGAUGUUCAGGUAGCUGAGGGGGUGAUGAUGGAUGAGCGUCUGUUUGCGGUGGUGGCUAGCCUGGCUCACAAAGUAGCAACACUGGAUGACUUUAUGCGCUCUCUCAUCAGUCAAAUGGACUUCAGGUCCUUGGAGAUGAGACUAUACAAAGCAAAGCAGCUCUUCCUGUUCCUCCUGGAGGCUCAGACAGGGGGCGCUGUGGCGCCGACAGAGGGCUGCAUCAGCACGGAGCAGCUUCUCCUGGAGCUGAAGGCCGGGGGACUGCGCCGCGACCAGGAAGAGGCCGUGCUGCGGGAACUCACACACCUGGGCGCUCUGGACCUGCUCGACUUCCUCGCCUACCUGCCCCUCUUCAUCCUCAUUCACAACUCCGUGGUCAACAACCCACUGGACGACACACCCAAUCUGUGAUAUCACACACACACACACACACACACACACACACACACACAAAUGCAACAUGCAAGGAUUAAAACACAUGCACAUAGAAAAUGACACAUAAAGCAUGAAGACAUAUAAUCAAACAUACAUGAACAUGACCCCAGCCAUUAGACUCCUAUUGAUGAAAUCACACAUAUGUCAACGCCGUGUGAUCAUAAAGUACCUGAGGAUCACUCCAGGCCUUAAGGGGAAGAAAGCGCACUCACACACACUCACACGCACUCUUCUGCACAUUAGACUGCACAGAUCUACAUCUGAUCCGUUCAUACCAGAUCCUGGCCUGAUCCACUCCAGGCCUUUGGGAUAUUGCUUGCCUAUGAAAGAGUGCUGUCUAUGGUACUGAAAUAUGGAGCAGGCUAGUCUGAGAGACUGGGUUUCUGUGCAGUGAUGAGGUGUAUGCCUGUGUGUAAGUGUGUGUCAAUGUGUUGGAUAUGUGGGGGGUGCCAGAUAUUUAAUAAUAAUGUUUGUUUUCUCUCGUCCUGACAUGCUUUUCUAAAAGAAUAAAAAAU